CGCGCUCUAGAUCGUUCCCGAGCCGAUCCGCCGAUUGAUCGCCAAGAAGGCUCAACGAAAGGCUAAUGAUCGUCGCGCGGACGAAUUAGCUUCGAUUUGUGCACCUGACAAAGUUCGUGAAUUAUCAUGAAAACUCGAUUAAUCAAGGCCUGGCGGCCCGGAGGAUCGCCGCCCGCGGUGAUCGUGUUGCUCGGUGUUGCCAUCGUUGGUUUCCUGUGUGUGGGUCAACCAGCGUCGGCCAGCGUUCAGGUGUUCGACGUGCUGUUCGGCUACAACAAAAGUGAAUACUGGCAGAUGCCGCAGCUCCAUCUGUACGACAGCAUGGAGCACUGUCUCCACAAUAAGCCGCAAGGCGUAUUUUGCGUGGCGAAGGUGGCCAUCAAACCCGACGCCAGGUCCGCCGUUUGGCGCCUGAUCAAAAAGUACUCCAAGUACACGUUUCAGUACAACCACGACGUGCUGACGCGCGGUGUGUGCAUGGAGAAGUGUUCCGGUGUGAUUGAUGGGUUGGUAGCAUCCGGAACGCCAGCCGAGCGGUACUACGAGCCGAAGUUUAACAUUACUAAAAGGUUCAUCAUGUCCGACUGGAUGCUGCCGAAUGUAACGCAGUACCGCAAAGCGUACGGCCGGCUGGUGAACGUGUGUCAAAACUAUGCCCUCCGCUCACAGUACAAUCUCAGUGGUUACGCCGAAAUCGAGGAGUGCACCACCAACGAUACCCUCGUCAGACCAACAGACACUUUGGAUGUGGCCUACACAACGCUGCUAUGCACCCUGUUCGUCCUGGCCGUUGGCUCGCAGUGCUACGACAGUCGGCUGGCACGAGCUUCCGCCAACGUGAAGCACUUUGCGCGACCGCUCAAAAACCGAGUGGCAACGAUGGCGACGGCUUUCUCCGUGCGCAGGAACUGGGCUCGGUUGACACAGAAAUCGUCCCAGUGCCAGUACCAGCAGGAUCUGGACUUUAUCGAUCAGAUUCGCGUCCUGACGAUGUGUUUCAUUCUGAUGCUGCACGUGUUCAUCGGCAUGGUCAUGUUCACCUCGCAGAACCCACUGGCGAUGGAGCAGUUUUUGGCUCACCCGGUGUCGCAGAUGCUGUUCUCGAUAGUGCCAUUCCAGGUGGACCUGUUUCUCUGCAUCAGCGGUCUGCUGCUGACGGUGCAGUUCUUGCAGCACACGGAAAACAAACGCUUCCGCCUCAGCAUCCUCUGGCAGGGGCUGAUCAAUCGGUACCUUCGGUCACUCCCAGUUUACGCGGUGCUCAUGCUGUUCACCGUGUCCCACUACGACACCUUCCUGACGACACCGUCCGCGUACAAAAUUCUGCCCAAAAUGCGGCUCAUCUGCCGGCGCAAAUGGUGGAUCAACUUCCUCUACAUCAACAACUACUACCAGCCGGAGGAGCAGUGUCUCAUCCAUACCUGGUACCUGGCGGCCGAUUUUCAGCUCUUCGUUGUCGGACUGCUCAUCAUGACGGUCCUCUGGAGAUUCCCCAGGGCCUCGUUCUGGUGCGCGUCCGCGAUGGGUCUGGUCGGAUUCGUUCUUCCGAUGAUCAACACCUACCUGAGCGCGGUGGACGCCGUGAUGCCACUGACCAUGAAAGGCAACGAGUAUCAGCUUUGGUACGAUGAGUAUUUCGUCCGUUCGUACCAAGCAACGGAAACGCACUGCGCUAGUUACUUCGGGGGCAUGAUCGCCGGCCUGAUGUACCACAAGAUUUCCCGCAAAGAGUUCUCUCUACCGAUCAAGAUGGUACGUAUCCGUUUGGGACUGAGACCAUCACCUACACUGACCCUCAUAUCAUUCUUCCAACAGCUGCGCAAUGUAUUCUCCCUCGCGUCGAUCGCGAUCGUCGGCUUUGCGGUACAGGCGCCGCUCUAUAACAUCAUGCAGUUCAGCAAACCUUCCAUCUGGAUGGCCGUCCUGUCCGGGGUGCACAAGCUGGCGAUCGGCUCGUUCUACUCGGUGGCCUUCCUGUUGCUGGCUUUUCACAAUCGCAACACCGCCGUACGGCGCUGGUUGGCGGGAAAUACGCUGAGCCGAGUGCUCGCGAGACUAGGCUUCGGGUUCUACCUAAUGCAGAUGACGGUUCUGAAGGUGGUCUUCAGCAACUACCCGGAAGAUACGCGUAUCAACGUGCAGCUGAUUAUCUCAACGUACUGCUCAACGUUCGUCCUCUCGUACGCAGUGGCGUUGGUAGCAUUUCUGCUGGUGGAGAAACCUUUCGAUGUGCUGCUGAAGCUGCUGCUCGGCCAGGGUAAACGGCAGGGAAAAUCACCAUCUGCAGAGCCCGUUGGUGACGUCAUUAUAUCGACCGUGAUGGAGGUCGUGAAGCUGUCCGGACAUGCUCAGAGUAACGGUCAGCCACCAAACCAUCCAUAGAUGAGUUAGAUGGUAGGCUCUAGUGAAAUUAGUAUCAUAAGAAAAACUUUAAGGAACCUUCAAGUGAACUCACCAGCGGACAAUCUUGAUUAAGUACUCAGUUAGUAGGGAAUCCGACAUUUAUUUUUGUCAAUAGCACAUAGCUAGCACGUAAGGCGUUAGUGGAAACUUGUAACUAUUGGUCCUUAGGCAGCGAUUCCUUGUCGGUGCCAUUUCUCCGUACCGCGCUGUGUUUCUGUGAACCUGCGGAAGGAACGCAAACGAGCUGUAUUAGCAUUUGAAAACUCUUGAUUUCGGAUGCGAUCCCUCUCUUACUCAACAAUCGUUUGCAAAUGGCAGCGCACGGAAACUCCACGAGCAACGCCAGCACCAACGCUGCAGUGUAGCACCCAACCCACGAGUAGACCACGGAUUGGAACUAGGGAAAAUAAAUUGUAAAAAGCUAACG